UCAUUUCAGGUGUCCAUAGUGCGCGCAAGCCGCAGCUUGAGAAGAGAUCUCACAGUCGCUAUAAAGGGCGCAGAGAGAAGCGAAGUUCUCAUGAAGAGGCGGACUGCAAAUGAGCAAAACAUUUUCGCAACUUAACUUAUAAACAACAGCCGGAUAACACAAAACCACGCCUGGAAAACGAACACAAGACAGGAUUAUUCAGCACACAGCUUACGACGCUUUCCUAACUUGUUGACAUGAAAGCCUUUUCUGCAAAACAUUUGUCUGGAGCUCACCGGUGAACUGCAACACCUCAUUUUCGUGUUUCAAAUGACAUGCAAUACUGACUCUCGCCUCUGUAUUACGAUCUUGAUCUCUAAGGAGGACACCAAUGCCAGGAAUCAGUGCAAACGCAUCGCGAAAUAAGAAGUGGGAGAUGGAGGAAUACGACCAAUAUCAGCACUAUUUCUACGACGACCACAACUUGGACGAGGACUUUUUCAAAUCGACCGCACCAAGCGAGGACAUUUGGAAGAAAUUCGAGCUCGUGCCAACCCCGCCCAUGUCGCCUGUCAGGAUACUGGAGGGUACCGGUCCAUCUCCAGGGGACCGAUUGGAGUGGGUGUCCCAGUUCUUGGGGCAGGACGACGAGCAGGAGGGACAGUGUAAACUCAAUGCGGAGGAGACUCUAGAGAACUUGAGCUCCAUCAUAAUUCAGGACUGUAUGUGGAGCAGUUUCUCCGCCACUCAGCAGCUGGAGAAAGUUGUCAGCGAGCGUUUGUCCUGCUCGGCGCAGUCGAAACUCUCGAGCAAAGCGCAGUGCGUCCCUGUGGACGCGCCUGUUCUCAACAGCUUGGCGACAGAUUGCGUGGAUCCAGCAGCUGUCCUUACUUUCCCCCUGAGCAGCAGCUGCAAGAAACAGGUGUCGUCCGGGUCAGAAUCUCGCACCGACUCCUCUGAUGAUGAAGAGAUUGAUGUAGUGACGGUGGAACACAAGCAGAACAAGUCGCGCUUGGUGAACGCCCGCAAACCGGUGACCAUCACGGUUCGUGCAGACCCCUAUGACCCUUGCAUGAAGCGUUUCCACAUCUCCAUUCACCAGCAACAGCACAACUAUGCUGCCCGCUCGCCUGACAGUUAUCCUGAAGAGGAGCCGCCUCGCAAGAAGAUCAGGCAAGAGACCGUGCAGCCGCGACUGGUUUCCACACCCCAAACCCCUGAAAGAAAAACCCCCUUACCUUCCCCCUCAGUCCACGCCCAGUCUCAGACUGUUGCCGCUUCUCCAACACACACAUCCUACCACCUCAAAUCCCAACCAUCCAGCCCUCAGAGUUCGGACUGUGAGGACACGGACAAGCGUAAGACGCACAACUUCUUGGAGCGGAAGAGACGCAAUGACCUACGCUCACGCUUUCUGGCCCUACGGGAUGAAAUCCCAGGCCUGGUUGACUGUCCCAAGACGCCCAAAGUUGUAAUCUUGACAAAGGCCACAGAAUACCUGCGUUCGCUACAUAUCAGCGACAAACAGAAGGCCCAGGAGAAGAAGCAGCUCAAAAGCAGGCAACAGCAGUUACUGCGGAGACUCGCUGAAUUGAAACGUACAUAAACUUUCGUAGUCCAGCCAUAUUUUCGAUAGGAACUGUGUGUUUUUUUUUUUUGUUUGUUUUUUUUCCCCAAACGUGGGGAUAUUUAAUGGAAUGGACAAUAUAUUUUGAGAUUAGUUCUUCAGUUUUCGUUCUUUGCACAUUUGCCUUUGCAACUUGGGGGGGUACUUGUGGAAGCUGCGGUACUGGUGUUCUCAUGUGGACCCUACCAAGUUUCAAACAAUUUUCCAAAGAGGGUCAUUAUUUCUUAUAUUUUCAUUCGAAAUUUAAAGAUUUAGACCCUGAAUGUGUGUUCUCUUAAAUUCUCUCACAAAAGCUAAAGUAUUUGAGUGGGGAAGUAUUAUUUUAUCGAAUUAGCAUGCCAAAUUAUUCAUUAUUUGAAAUGUAGCAAUUUAUAUGCACGUAUAAUUGAUCUCCUACACCUUCAAUUCAUUUGGUUAAAGAUAUUUAAGGGUCUUUGAUCAAUGUAACUUCUCCAGUUAAUAGUGCUUUGAGACCUAAAUUAACCUAAAUUUAAAGAGAGCUGUAUGCCCCCAUUGCCACAUGAUGACAGUGUAAGUUUAACAGACAGGAAGUUGCAUCACUGUUACUUUGUUAUAUUGUGUUCCAUGUUUGUUUGUUUGUUUGUUUUUCUCAGUUAUUGUAUAUUAUUCUUAUCUUGAACAUUCAGGACAGUGUCCAGCACAGCUUUGCAGUGUAUAUAAACUGUGGCAUAUUCUUUGGACAUAUGUAUAUAAUAGUAGUGAUGUACAGGACAUUGUGUAAAAUACAUACUUUGUGUUUUGAAUAUGAAAAUCAGCACUGUUAAUAGACUUUAUUUUCUAUUUUUCUGUCAUUUGUCCUUGGUUGGCCCACUUGCCUUCCCUAGAGUAUCUCAAAGUUUCUAUUUUUGUUAAGAAAAGUUUUAAAAAAUUCAAAAAGUUAAAUAAAACAACACUAUCAACAUUUCAUUUUCAUCACUAGCCACUUUAUGCUGUUUUCACUGCCUGUUCCCUUGUGUUCUGAAAUUUCUUUGGCUUAAUAUCGCUUUUGUGGCAGAAAGAACAUGCUGAAAGAAUUUUGUACUAAUUAUAUUUUCUUACAGAAUUGAUUGUAUCGUUGUUUGAUUUCUAUUUAAAUAUAAAGUUGUACUGGUGGCAUAUGCUCCCACUAUGACCAUCAGAACUUUAUGCACACUGCUGUCCGUCAUGACGAAGAAUGCAAUUAUUUCUAAAAAUAAAUAAAUAAAGGCCAUGUGUUCAUAGCAGUCACCGCUGACUGAUUGAGGUGACUUCUGUUUGUACAUUCAGCUUUGAAAUUAUAUGGCCAAAAGGGUGCAUAUGCCACCAGUAACCUUUGUUUUUUUUCACUUUUGUCCCUUGUCAUCAGGUGUCAUACUGGGAGAAGAAUGGCAGCAGCAUUGUCUAAGCACUUUGUGUUCUGUACCUCAUAAGCCUAUAUACAUAAACUCAAAAUUGGGUAAACAAUAAAUAAAUUCAGUUCAAAUCACA